CACACACUCGUGGUCGAGAGUCGAGAGGAGGAUGGCAUGGUUCGCCUCACUGGCCCUUCUUGGCGCCCUCCACGUAGCCGCCUUGGCGUUCCCCCUCCUCUCGCACCUGGCCCUCUGCCUGCGCGGGCACAAGGACCUCCGACGCCGCUACGGCGCGUGGGCCGUCGUCACCGGGCCAACAUCCGGCAUGGGGCGGUCCACGGCCCUGGAGCUCGCGCGCAGGGGGAUGAACCUCGUCCUCGUCGGCCGCAACCCGGCCAAGCUGCGGGACAUCUCCUCGGCGAUAUCCAAGGCCGCUCCCGCCGUCCAGACCAAGACCGUCGUGUUGGACCUGUCGCUCGUCUCCACCGCUCAGGGCGACGAGGCGCUGCGGCGGCUACGGCAGACCGUGGAGGCGCUGGACGUAGGCGUGCUGGUGAACAACGCCGGGGUGCUGGAGCCCCCCGCGGCGUUCCUGCAUGACGCCGGCGUGGAGGCGUGGGUGGACAUGAUACGGGUGAACCUGCUGGCGCUGACCGAGGUGACGGCGGCGGUGAUUCCGGGCAUGGUGGAGCGCGGGAGGGGAGCUGUGGUGAACUUCGGCUCGAUGUCAUCGGAGGCCCUCCCCUCCUUGCCACUCUACACCAUGUACGCCGCCACUAAACGGUACGGCGUGCCAACUGCCAAGUACAGCAGCACUAGCUAA